AAAAAAAAUCCUUUUCUUUCCUUUCCCUUCCCACCCAGGCAACGCGACCUUCCUCCCUCUCGUUGCCUCUCCUCCCCAUCUUCUCCGCCGCCGCCCCUUGGCAGCAAGACCGCAAAGGCGCGGUGGGCGGUGCCCCUCCCCUGCUGAUCCGCCGGUCGGGUUCUCGGGCAAGGGGGGUAUGGUCGGUAGCAGCGCCAGGGUCGGCUGGUCGUCGGGCGGCAAGGGCGUCGCCAAGCAGUACUACCUCCAGGGCAGGAGCCCGGAGGCCGUGCCCCCGGACGACGGCCGCCUCACCAGAGGAAGCUACUGGAGGAGGCCGACGAGGGCACCUUGGCCCCAUCUUUGCAGCAGCGGCCCAGCGCGGCAGCUCCCGCUGCAGAUCGUCGGCCCGGCGUGGCGGCUCCCGCUGCAGCUCGGAAGACCGGCGGGUCCCGUAGCUUCCGCUGCAACUCGGAGCUGCAGAUGGUGCGCUCGUUGCUGGGACUCGGCUUCCUCAUCGGCAUCACGGCGGUCGUCCUCGACUUCGGCCUCAACGGGGACAGGCUCAAGAACAUCGUCGUGCACAAGGUCAUCGGUUCUCCAUCCUGUCCAUGGCAUGCCUCCAGAAUGGCAUGUGCUGUAUGGGAACACAAGCCUGGAAAACUCCUCUCCCGAUGCGGAGCAGUCCACGGCGCUGUCACCGUCGUCCUGACUCCUUGGCCGCUGCCGCUGCCAAGCGAGAAGAAAAGCUUGGCUUGUGGCGGUGGCGGGUAUUACUGGAGUGGAGGCACAUUUUGUUUUCCGUUCUCGUCAUUCUUGGAAAGGCACAACAUGUACGAGGAGGAAGCCAUGAGAACUACCAGAGUGGAGAUGGGGAUGGGCGGCGAGCUGUGGGACGACUUGGCGCUGGUCGACUGCUUGGACCACGCCGUGCCACCUACAAGGCAUGCCGCAGGAAGGAUGGUAUGGAACUGACAGAUGAUCAGGUUAUGGUUGGUUGCGUCUAGAUGUGGUGAAUGGGUUUCCUGGAACCAAUAGAUGGAGCGGUGCUAGGACUGGAACCAAAUGAUAGUGAAGGACUACAACCAGUAUGUCAUGAGCAAUCUAGCACGAGGUUACUCAUGGAAAGAUACGGGUGUGAGCUAUGUUAAGGACAAACAAUUGCAACUGAAUAUGAAGAUAAAUAAACUUCAGCGAGACUGUGAAGGUACAACAAGAAGAGGCAACAAGCCAUGGAGGUUCUCAGUGCAAAUCAUACUUGCGAGCAAUCUACAGAUCUAGGCCUGAUGAUUAUCAGUUGUGUUGAGAUCCUUGUGUGCUAUGUAGUUGCAAAUGGUUGCAAAGACGGCUGGGAUAGACCAUGAAGAGUGGCUUGCGAAUGCGGAUCGCUGGGUGGCUAACUUCUUGGAGAAGUUCGCGGAGCGCUGCCUUGUGAUGGAGACUGCCAUCAAGGACCGGAUACGGAGAGCGAAAUGCCGUGGGGUGCCAUUGGUAGUGGUGGUGGUGGUGUGAACAAACACCGAGCAAGUGACAAGUUGUUAUAGUUGUGCUUGUGUCAUGGAAUGUGAUGCUUGUGCGAGUUAAGUGGGUGAGUUAGCUGAGCCAAACCUUUGUAUUAGGGUCGCACUAACUGCUACACGUGUGGCAGAAAGGGAGACGCACCACACGUCUCUAAUGUAAACAGAUUAUCACGUCAUCGCAUGCAUGCAUGUAGGAAUUUUUUUGAA